AUGCGGAGGGAGACGGCACAGGGCCCCGGUCAACAUGCGGAGGGAGACGGCACAGGGCCCCUGGUCAACAUGCGGAGGGAGACGGCACAGGGCCCCGGUCAACAUGCGGAGGGAGACGGCACAGGGCCCCGGUCAACAUGCGGAGGGAGCCCGGCACAGGGCCCCGGUCAACAUGCGGAGGGAGACGGCACAGGGCCCCGGUCAACAUGCGGAGGGAGACGGCACAGGGCCCCGGUCAACAUGCGGAGGGAGCCCGGCACAGGGCCCCGGUCAACAUGCGGAGGGAGACGGCACUUUGCCCCGGUCAACAUGCGGAGGGAGACGGCACAGGGCCCUGGUCAACAUGCGGAGGGAGACGGCACAGGGCCCCGGUCAAAAGUAGUGCACUUAAGUGGUAGUAUCCACAGCAGAGAGGUCCGUGGUAGUAUCCAAGGAGAGGUCCGUGGUAGUAUCCAAGGAGAGGUCCGUGGUAGUAUCCAAGGAGAGGUCCGUGGUAGUAUCCAAGGAGAGGUCCGUGGUAGUAUCCAAGGAGAGGUCCGUGGUAGUAUCCAAGGACAGGUCCGUGGUAGUAUCCAAGGAGAAGUCUGUGGUAGUAUCCAAGGAGAGGUCCGUGGUAGUAUCCAAGGAGAGGUCCGUGGUAGUAUCCAAGGAGAGGUCCGUGGUAGUAUCCAAGGAGAGGUCCGUGGUAGUAUCCAAGGAGAGGUCCGUGGUAGUAUCCAAGGAGAGGUCCGUGGUAGUAUCCAAGGAGAGGUCUGUGGUAGUAUCCAAGGAGAGGUCUGUGGUAGUAUCCAAGGAGAGGUCCGUGGUAGUAUCCAAGGAGAGGUCCGUGGUAGUAUCCAAGGAGAGGUCCGUGGUAGUAUCCAAGGAGAGGUCCGUGGUAGUAUCCAAGGAGAGGUCCGUGGUAGUAUCCACAGCAGAGAGGUCCGUGGUAGUAUCCAAGGAGAGGUCCGUGGUAGUAUCCAAGGAGAGGUCCGUGGUAUUAUCCAAGGAGAGCUCUGUGGUAGUACAUUUACAUUUACAUUUAAGUCAUUUAGCAGACGCUCUUAUCCAGAGCGACUUACAAAUUGGUGA